CCACUAUGUUUCCAUGAUAUACAUGGUGAAAAUAUAAGACUGAAUGCUGAUAAAACCAGAGCUACACGCUAUGAAAGUUUCUGUAAAGGAAUCUGUUUCAGUAACAGACCUAUAGCUGUCAAUGAGAAAGUCUAUAUAAACUUUGCUGAAGUGUCAACUAGUUGGAGUGGUGUAUUAAGAUUUGGUUUCACUGGAACUGAUCCUAUGACAUAUAACCCUGUAGAACUUCCUCGAUAUGCUUGUCCUGACCUCACAAAUAAACCAGGAACAUUUGCCAAGGCAUUGUCAGAAAGAUUUGCCAAGACUAACACAGUAAUGUGUUUUUAUGUGACUCGUGGAGGAGAUGUGUUUUUUAGUGUUAAUGGAGAAGAUAAGGGGCUAUUUUUUAAUGGUGUUAAUACAAAUGGACCAUUAUGGGCUUUGUUAGAUAUUUAUGGUAAUACAAUAUCAGUGGAGUUUUUACAUAGACCUGGUAAGUAUCAGAAUAAGUUUAUAGUCUUUGAAUCAGAAUUAUUUUCUUUUCAAACUUUAUCAUUAAAUGAUUCUACAUCCCUUCCUGUACGUUACCAUGCCAAUGUGGAAUUGACACCAAUGACAUUUCAUGCUAUGUGUGGUCGCAAUGUACGCCUUAAUCCUGACAUGACUAUAGCUUCACGCACAAUGGAUGAGUAUUGUAAUGCCUAUGCAUUUACAUCACGACCACUGCACUGCGGUGAAAAAAUUGUGAUUCAGAUAUUGAAUAUUGAACAGUUGUAUGUUGGUGGAAUUGCUUUUGGUUUAACUGUGUGUGAUCCAGCAUCAUUGAUAAUGGAUGAUUUACCAGAUGAUUCUGACUAUUUAUUAGAUAGAAAAGAAUAUUGGGUAGUAAAUAAAGAUAUAUGUAGAAAACCUGAUGUAGGAGAUGAAUUAAGUUUCUAUCUGACAUCUGAAGGGGAAGUUCGUUAUUCAAGAAAUAAUCAUAAAGUGGCCACAUUAAUGCAUGUAGACAGAAAUCUACCAUUAUGGGCAUUUUUUGAUGUAUAUGGUAAUGUUCAGAAAAUAAAAAUAUUAGAAUUAUUUCUGUCAAAGGGAAUGCCAAAUGAACAUACCCAAAUACACUGGCCAAGCAGGAAAUUAUAUCAUUAUGAUGCUAGACAGAUAACCAUGUUGUUAAAAAGCUGCAGAGCAAGGUUGCAUGUCUGUCUGCAGUUCAGAUUUUCAUGUACACAUAUCAUAGUAAUUAAGUGUAUUAUAGGGACAACUAUUCCUGGUGCCCAAUCUAGAAUGCCCAGAUCAAGAUCAGCUUCUAGUUAUUCAUCAUUAACGGUGGCAUUACCACCACGUCAACCAACAUCUACCACAGCAACACAGUCCUUACCACCACCACUCCAACCUCAAGUUUUACGUAGUAUUAGUGUACCAGCUACACAAUCAUCAGAUUGUCAACCAGCAUCACCAGCAGUUCCUUCUAUUCUUGCUCCUCUCCAUCCAUCUCUACCAACAUCUCUUCCUUCUUCAUCAACAUCAACUCCAACAUCAGUAGACACAUCAUUUACAGAUAACACAGAUGAUAAUCAGGAAUGUUCUGUAUGUUGUGAACGAUCAGUAAACAGUGUACUCUAUACUUGUGGACACAUGUGUAUGUGUUUUGAUUGUGCUUUAAUAGUCAAGAGAGAAAAAGGUGGAUUGUGUCCUAUAUGUAGACAGCCAAUUAAAGAUGUGAUAAAAACUUAUAGAUCCUAA